AUGCCCUCCCCCCCGCCCACCCGGCCGCUAUCCCGCGAACUCAAGACGUCUCCCCACAUCAACCCCGACGGCCGGUUCAUCCGUAUCGUCGAAGUAUCCCCGCGGGACGGACUGCAAAACUUCAAGGGCAAAGUCGUGCCGACAGAGGUAAAGAAGGAGCUUGUGGAGAAACUGCUUUGGGCGGGGGUGAGGUCUGUGGAAGUUGGGAGUUUUGUUCGGGGCGAUUGGGUGCCGCAGAUGGCAGAUACGCCCAAGCUCCUUCCCCUUCUCCCCGCAUACACCAGCCCCCCUCCUCCUCCCGAUCCCUCCUCAACCUCCCUCACGCAGCACAUCCCCAUCCCCCCCUCCGCCCAAUCGAUCCACUACCCCGUCCUCGUACCCAACAUGAAAGGCCUCGACAACCUCCUCAACCUCCAGACUUCCUCCCAAGCGUCCGGCGGGGGCUCACUCACAGAUGAGAUAGCAGUCUUCGUCUCCGCCUCCGAACCAUUCUCCCAAGCCAACAACCACUCUUCCAUCUCCUCCGUCCUCUCCUCCUUACCCCCUCUCAUAGCUAAAGCCAAAGAAAACAACCUCCGCGUGAGGGGGUACGUUUCAUGUGUCAUCACCUGUCCCUUCUCCGGCCCGACGGAUGUGGAGCAGGUGAUUGAUGUCGCGGAGAGGUUACUGAAUAUGGGGUGUUAUGAGGUGUCGAUGGGGGAUACGACAGGGGAGGGGGAUGUGGAGGGUUGGGGAGGUUGUGGAAGGUUAUGA